GCUAGAGUCAAAUUUGCAUCGUUUUGCACUCUCAGCAGAGUGGUUGAAACAUGUGGAUUCCUCUGCUACAAUGGGUUCUGCAUCUCAUUUCGUGAGUUCCCUACGCGUGUCUUCAAAACAUGGAAUUGGCAGAAAACGUGUCAGGUGUUCCGAUCUGGACUCCAGUCCUCCUUCAAAUGCUGCCUCUGGAUUGAGUUUAUUUUGGUGGAGGGGUGGUAGGCUGUCACGUCAGCUGUUCAACUGGAAGGUUUUGCCUCAGUCCUUGGCUUCCAAAGCUGCCCGACGAGCUGGUUGUAAGAAGAUGGUGGGUGUCUUAUAUCCUGAUGGUUCAGAAUUUGCAAAGAGAAGCAAAUAUGUUGCCUGGCGAGCUGCAGUUGAGACAUCAGGAAGUGUGCAGCAGCUUGCUCUCCAGGUUAGGGAGCUUGAUACUAACAUUAGAUGGGAUGAGAUUGAGAACACUAACAUUCUCUCAAAGAUGGACAAGGAAGCUAGAAAAUCAAUCAGGUCAUUCAAAAAAGUUAUAGUCCGCCGGAAGUGCUCAGAAGGAGCAGUUGUGAAAUAUCUUCUUGAUUUUGGUAAAAGAAGACUUAUCCCUGAUAUUGUCAUGAGACAUGGGUCCAUGGUUGAAGAAUCCUCCAGUGCAAGGAAGAAAUAUUGGUUGGACGAAUCUCAUCUUCCUUUGCAUCUCUUGAAAAGUUUCGAAGAGAAAAGAAUUGCCCGCAAGUCCACAAAGGUGAGUCCUGGGAAACUUCGGGAGAGCGGUAAUGUAAUGAAGAAAUCCUCAAAGAAAAAGGCUUUUUCCUACCUUUUCUCAAGAGCGGAAAGAUCAGACAAUUAUCAGUGUGGCCAUUGUAAUAAAGAUGUCUUGAUCAGGUAUCAUAUUUAUCCUUUCUGGCUAACCAGGUAUUGUGUUACCAUCCCAUGCUUUUGGCUCAUCUUCUCAUGUCUGUGA